UGCUCCCCCAUGGGGUUGCAUCCUAGUCAACAAUUUACUCAUUGUGCAAUGCCCUGCCCUUUUGCCGUGGUUUUCCACAGCCUGAGCCGGUGCCAAGCCGGUUACGUGGGUCACCAUGACGUGUAGCAGAUGGGUUAGUUGGAUGCCCACUAUGGGUUUCAUCGUCGCCGUGGUUUGAAAGGGGCUAUAAACAGGGCAUCAUGGCUGCGCCAACGAUCCAUGGGGAUUUAAGCUUUUGCAGCACAGACAAUUCUGCAAAGUUGGGUCUUUUCCAUCUUGUUUCAGAGUCUGAAUCUGCCCUGCUUUUCGAUUUUUUGAGGGAUUCUUGUGAAGAAUGGAGAGGCAGGGGUAUGGGGCAGAGGGGGGGAAGAUAUUUCGGAAGGAUUAUAUGAGGCGUUUCGUGAGUGCUCUGGGAGGAAUCAAUGAAACAAGGGAUUUAAGCGGAGCUAGGGCUGUGAAAUUUGCAGCAGAUGUGUCCCUGGCUAUGACAGAGGCGUCCUCUGGCACUGCAUGGAGCCGGAACAUUCUUGCCCAUUCCAGAAAAAAUUCGCCCAAUUUCAUGAAUUUCAUCAGGAGCUGUGAACCCAAAUCCUGUGGAGGUUGUAAUCAGAAGCUGGGGCGGAGUUCCAGUGAGUGGCGGAGAAAUUUCCUGAGCAUGAGAAGCAGUCUGAGGAGGAUGAGGAGGAGAUCAUGUCAUUCUGAUUCUUCCCGCAGGUUGAUUAAUGUUUCUUGCAGGAAGCGGGUGAAGCGAGCUUUUGGAGGGUUUUCGAAGAAGAAGAUUGGGGAAAACAGAGUAGAUGCAAAGAUUAAGGUGCUCAAGAGUCUUGUCCCUGGUGGAACGGCCAUGGAUACUCCCCUGCUCUUGCAUGAGGCGUUGGAAUACAUUUCCGCCCUCCAAGUGCAGGUUCAAUCCAUGCGGACUCUUGUCAGCUAUUUCGAAAACGUGGAGUCCAAAUAGAAUCAGUCGAGCCCACAAUUGUAUAUUGUAGUGCAGUGUUGUUUAAAUCUCAAAAAUGUGAAAAGAACAGGAAAAGAAACAUUGCAAUUGCAUCUGUAGAGUCUUUUUCAUCAGUACUUAUUUUGUUUCUACUGUAAAUUGGUUGUUUUUUUCUUACUAGCAGUAGUCAUUCUGGCUCCUGUUGCAGAGCUGAAAUCUAUUUAUAAAUGUAGAAAGAGAUGUUCCAUUUGUAGAUAUUGCUUUCAUCUGCAUAAUUUGAUGUGUACAUGGCAUUUUGCUCUGUCUUGCACCAAGUUUGCUUCUGAACUACUUUGAAUGAACAUGGGACCUAUUCUGAUUGGUGUUUUU